UGUUUAAAAGGGAACAGUGUUUCAGACAUUUUUUUGUUUAUUAAAACUAAAGUACAGGUUUUAAACUACAAAUGGCUACAUUUAGGAUCUUUUGAACAAGAUACCAAUAAACCUUUCAUUUGAGGGAUGAAUCAGUUAUGGAAAAUGUAGUAUGAUGAAUUAUGUAGUUUUUGAGUUGUACUUUAAUGGACCAUCAUUGUCCAUUCACCUGGCCAGGCACAGAAAGGUUUGUCAGAGUACAAAGACCAAGAAGCACAUAAACUGGAGAUACUAACAGAACAAAAAAAAAAAAGACAAAAACAAAAACCAACCAAAAAAACAGGUCUUUUAAAUUUAUAAAACACUUUAUGAGCUUAAAUACAUGAUUUAUGACCCAGGCAAUCAUCUCGUUUUGUCAUUUUACAAGAAAAUAACUUUAAUCUUGAGGUAACGGAAUGAUGAUCAUUUCAGAAUAAUGAAAAAAAAAAUUGUGAUAACACAGGAACCUACCAGCGGCUUACGACUAGGGCUGCAACGAUUAGUCGACGUUGUCGACAAAAAUCGAUGAUAGAAAUUGUCGACAAUGAAUUCCAUUGUCGACUAUUGUCGCCAGACGUGUUUUUCAAACAGAGUGAGGCAUCUCACUUGAUUAUGAUCUCUGCCGAGAGUCGCUCAUGCGCAGUAGUGUCUCUGUCUCUGAGCAGUAACAUACAAAUAUGGCGGCGUCAAUAUCAGGUACGCGUACCAAGACUUCUAAAGUUUGGGAGCAUUUUAGCCUGGAUACGGCGCAUAAAAAGAUUACUUGCAAGGUUUGCAAAGCAGACCUUGGGUAUCAUGGCAGUACCUCGGUGAUGCACGAACAUUUAAAGAGAACGCAUGUCGGGGAGUUGAACGAAACGGAGUCUGACUCGCCUCGAUAAGAUGCAAGUAACAUUCAAGCCAAUGCAGUUUUAUUGACAUACAUUGUGCAUUUUAUAAGCGCAUUUUUGCUAUUAAAAAGAGCUUGAGCGUUAUGCCAGACAAACAUAUUUUAAAUUAAAUGCAUGCAGUCCAAAGAAGAGAAGCACCAUGGAGCCCUUCCUGCAAAGGAGGCAGACAUGCACCCCGCAACAGGCGGCUGCCCUCACUGAGUCAGUACUGCAGAUGCUCAUCUAUGAUAUGAGGCCACUCUCCAUGGUUGACAGUGCUGGGUUUCAACAGAUGAUAGCCCAGUUCAACCCCGACUAUAUCCUGCCAUCCAGGACCCAUUUCACCCACUUGAUGGAGCAGAAAUACAGUACAAUGUUUCUGAAGGUAAAGGAGAUCCUAAAAGAGGUCAGCAGCUCCCUCACACUGAUGUGUGAUGUUUGGACCAGCCGUGCCACAGAGGCAUAUCUUGGAGUUUCGUGUCACUUCAUUACCAAAGACUGGCAAAUGAAAACUCUAAACCUCUCCACUCUACCUCUAGAAGAGAGGCAUACUGCUGCCAACAUCAUGUUAUGGAUGGAAGAGAUGAUAGAGAAAUUUGACAUCUUGCCUAGCAAAAUUAAAGCAAUAGUACACGACAAUGGGUCUAACAUGGUGGCUGCAGCUCGACUCCUGGAAGAAAAACAUGGUUGGUUUUCUGUGCGCUGUGCUGGGCACACUCUCCAACUUAUUGUUAACAGUGCCCUCAAAGAGCCCAGCAUCAACAAAGCCACCGGUGCAGCAAGAAACUUAGUGGAGCACUUUAGGAGAAGUGAGCUGGCGAAUUCAAAACUGAAGAAGAAGCAGCAGCAAAUGAACACAGCAGAGCACAAGCUGAUCCAGGACGUAAAUACUCGAUGGAAUAGCACGUACUACAUGAUGGAGAGACUCUGGAGCAGCGAUGGCCAGUCACAGCGACCCUCUCUGACCCUGAGGUAACACCUAGAGGCAAGCACUACUGUGACCUCAAACCAGAGCAGUGGGUGCUACUUGAAGAGCUGGUGCAAGGGUUGGGGCCUUUUGAAUGUGCAACCGUUUUCCUCAGUGGACAGGAGUAUGCUACUGCUUCAUGUCUUCCACAGCUGGUUAAAGGUCUGCAACAGUCCAUACAGCAAACACAGUUUGAGACGAGUGCAGGAAAAGCCUUUCUAGCAAUUGCAGGAAAGGGAAUAAGUGAGAGGUGGGAGAAUCUUAACACUGUGUCUGCAGAGAGAGACAACCCACUUGUUCUUGCAGCUGCCAUCGACCCAAGAUUCCGAAAGAUGAAGUUUAUCUCCACUGAAGAUGGCAAAAGGGUGCAAAGCACAAUUGAAGUUCUUGCCAUAAAAGAAGCUAAGGCUGACACUGGGAUACAUGAUGACCCUGAGCUACAGCUGAAGAGGAGGGGCAAUGUCUCAGGGGUAAAGUCAGCACUGGAUAACCUUCUUCAGUCCGACACUGACAGCCGGAGUGAGGAAGAGGAGGAGACCCAGGAGGACCAAAAAAUCCAAAUGGUGAGGAGGGAAGUUCAGCUGUUCUUCACAGAGGCACCAAUAGGCAAAAAGGAUGAUCCGCUCAGCUGGUGGAGAGAAAAUGAGGGGCGUUUUCCCACACUGUCCAAUGUAGCAAGAUC